UUCCCCUUAUACCAGAGGUCGCGAUGAUCGAACAUCCUUUUUAGACUAGCACGUGGAACAGACAGUCUUUCUCCAACUUGUCUUCAUUACAAGUUAAAGAAACCACCUAAACAUGAGGCUUUCACUGGCAGAAUCUGAUUCAACUACAGAAGCAAAGAGUGCAACACAGGAUAAUGAUGACGCAUUGGAAAAAGAGAAAGAUGCUGGGGCUUUUGAAAACUUCGAUCUCUCCAAGGAAACUGUGAAGAAAUUAAAAAAACGAUCAAUCACCCAUUUGUUCCCGAUCCAGGCGAAGACAUUCAAUGCUAUUUUAGAAGGCCAAGAUGUCAUCGCUAGAGCUCGUACUGGAACGGGUAAAACUUUGUCAUUUGCACUACCUCUUGUGGAAAAGCUGAACAAAAAGUUGGACCAAAAACAAGGCAGAUAUCCAAAGGUUCUCGUAAUGGCACCAACUCGGGAACUGGCGAGGCAGGUUGCAGAAGAUUUCAAGUCUGUUUCUAAACUCGACGUGCUAGUUAUAUACGGUGGAACUCCAUAUGGACCUCAAGAAUCGGCCUUGCUGAAUGGAGUAGACAUCGUCGUGGGGACGCCGGGGCGAAUCCUCGACCACGUACAGAAGGAGAACCUCGUUCUGAAGAAGAUCAAACAUGUUGUAUUGGACGAGGUUGAUCAGAUGCUGGAUAUGGGCUUUGCCGACACCGUGCAAGACAUCCUCAGAGGAGCGUAUGAACGAGAGACGACAAAGAAACGGCCGCAGACUCUGUUGUUUUCGGCCACCGUUCCGCGCUGGGUUCUCGAUAUGGCCAAGAAAUACAUGAUGGGAGACAUCUACCGGGUCGACCUGGUUGGUGAACAGAAGAACAAAACAUCCACCACCGUCAAACAUCUAGCCAUCAAGUGCAGCUACUGGGACCGGCCGUCCAUGAUCGGAGACAUCCUGCAGGUGUACAGUGGUGCACACGGCCGUGCACUCGUGUUCUGUCAGACGAAGAAAGACGCGGACGAGCUGACAGUCAGUUCGGCCAUCAAGGUGGAAUCUCACGUCCUCCACGGGGAUGUGCCGCAGGAGAAGAGAGAGAAAGUCUUAAAGAGUUUUAAAGAAGGAAAAUACAAAGUGCUCAUUACAACAGAUGUUGCAGCACGUGGCCUUGACAUUCCUGAAGUUGACCUUGUCAUCCAGUGCAACCCACCAAAGGACACUGACUCGUACAUCCACCGGUCAGGUCGUACGGGGCGAGCCGGACGGUCGGGAGUCUGUGUGUGUUUCUACAAGCCACAGGAGGAACAGAGUCUGCAGUACGUGGAACACAAAGCGGGAAUACAGUUUCAGAAAAUUGGUCCGCCGACUCCCGAGGAAAUGGUGAAAGCUGCCGCUGAGGAUGCUGCAAGGUCUCUACACAAUGUUUCACCAGACGUUUUAACACAGUUCCGUGAGUCAGCUGAAUCGAUGAUUACCGAGAAAGGUGCGGUCGACGCACUGGCUGCUGCUCUUGCCGUGAUCUCGGGAAACACGACAAUAAAACAGCGCUCUCUACUUAGCUCCAGAGAGGGAUACGCUGCGUUUGUGUUCCGCACCAACAUUGAGCUGCGCGGUAAUGGCUAUGUGUGGCGGGCCCUCGAGAAGCAGCUUUCACCCGAGGUGAAGGAAAAAGUCUCACACAUGAAACUGCUGGCUGACAAGAUGGGAUGCUGCUUUGACAUUCCUUCAGAUCAGGAGCAAGUUGUAGAAACAAGCUGGACAGACACAAAAUUUGACUCUUUAGAGAAACUAACAGAACUUCCAGAACUUGCACCCCAAGCAAAUGGGUCAAGUGGAGGUCAAAGGUCAUAUGGAAAUGGUGACCAGAGGUCGUUUGGUGGCAGAGGUAGAGGCAGAGGCAGAGGUGGAGGUGGCUUUGGUGGCCAGAGUAGGAAUGGGGGGUUCAGGAAUGGGGGAUCUGACAGCCAGAAUGGAUUCAAGAGAAAACAACAAGGAUUUAUCAGUAACUCAUCGGGAGAAAACAAAAGAAUAAAGUUUGAAUAAUUUUGACUAUUUAUUACAUGUAUGUCUGGUGGAAAACAUCAAUAAAACCGGUUCCCUCUUUAAA